AUGCUGGUUGGUCGGUGCCUGGCCUUAAAUAGAACUGGCCGAUUGGCUUUUGAAGCGGCCCGUCGAUGGAAUUCUUCCAACAAAAAGGGGUUUUUCGAUGAAAAUGACUAUUCUGAAGAAGUAUUUUCCAUUUUUAGGACCGGCGAUUUGGAGAGCGAGCUCCAGAAAGACCUGAAGAAGAUCAAUGAGCUGUUGAAAACCAAUUUGAGCGAGGUUUUUUUUUGCUUAUAAUUCCUGUUUCAACUAGUAAAUCCGAAAAAUAUUCUUGAUUUUUUCCAAAAAUAAUAUUAUAAUCGUUUUGAACUGUUAAGUAAGGUUUAUUAACUGAAAUUUCUCUUCUUAGAGAUUUUUUUAACUUCCAGGCCGAGAAAGCGCCGAAAGAGAAGCAGCCGGAAACCGACCCCAAUUUUAUGAACUUCAGAAAAGCGGCCGAGGUUUGAAAUAUGUCAAUUUUAAGGUGCAAGUAAAAACUGUAUGAGGACUAAGGAACUCCAGAGUGGUCCCUAUAGGGGCAACCUUAAGGAUUCGGGACCUCUAGGGACCACUUUACCUCUCCCAAUAGGUGUUUUUAAUUAGUGGCCCCUGUAGGGGACUUGCUAAUCAAUUGCUGUAAAAGCAGCCUUUCUAUGCGAGAAACUCAAUGAAUUAGCGUUUUUUUAAUGAAAAAAAUAUUUAAUUUUUUUGAAACGUAACAAAAAAAUUUAAAAAGACCCUAUAGUGAUCACUUAAGAUUGCGGGGUCAGACUUCAAGCCCUUGCAAGAACCACCUAAAUUCUAUCACUACAGUGGUCACUUUUUUGACCCCAUGUAGGGACUAUUUUUUUUCUUACCCCUUCAGGGACAACUUUGGCCUUUUUAGGAACUUCUGGCUGAAAAUUAAAAUCAAUCAAAUUGAAAAAAAGCCGUUAAUUUUCAAGUCACGUAACAGUAAAGUCAUUCAGAGAGAGGCCCAUCAGCGCGGCGGCCGGAUCUUCAACUGGAAAACCGUGGCGGUCACUUUUGCCAUCGGCGGAAGUUGUUUGGCUGCUCUGUUUUAUAUCAGAAAAAUUGUGGGUGAUUUUCAAGAUUUUUUCGGACGUGGGCAGCCAAAAGAUCGCAACUGCUCUUUCUCUGACGCUGCAGCUUGAUGUAGCUGCGAGAAAACGACGAAAUAGUGUGUGCCAGAGAAAAAAUUGUGUCGGUCUUCUGGCCGCCCAUGUUAGAGUUGGAAUGGCUAAAAAGGCGCUGCUCAAAUCUGCGCCCGACUUUAGGCGAGAUUUCGCAGAGGCGGUGCUUAAACCUGCGGCCGACCUUGAGCGACUUCCAACAAAUGCGCUGCUUAAAUCUGCGCCCGACUUUUAGCGACUUUCAGCAAAGGCGCUGCUAGUAUCUGCGCCCGACCUGAAGCUACUUUCCUUUUCCUCAUGCUUGGAGAUACCUGAAGGCAUAAUUAGUUCAUUUUGAAACACGUUUCGCUGUAUUAGGAAGUUUUGAUUUGUGAAAAAGUAUCUUUCAAACGUUUUCAAGAGUCAAUACCCAUUUUAAAGAUCUAAUCGUGAAUAUUAGAGUUCACCAAACCGAUCAUUCAAUCAUUUCAAUUGAUCAAACUAUUGACAUGUCACUGUUCAACCAAAUUUUAACAUGUCAUUUUUUGAGAGAUCGUUUAUUAGAUCAGUUUUUGAUCUCUUACAUUAAUGAUCAAUCAUUGGAUUUCAACGUUUUGAUAUAUCGAUAUUUCGACCAAUAUUUUCAAAACAACAUUUCGAUCAAUCAUUUUUUUGACCAAUAUUUUCAAAACAACAUUUCGAUCAAUCAUUAUUUCGACCAAUAUUUUCAAAACAACAUUUCGAUCAAUCAUUUUUUCGACCAAUAUUUUCAAAACAACAUUUCGAUCAAUCGAAAACUGAACGAUCGAUUCAAAAUGAUCUCUCAUUUAAAUGAAAUGUUGACAUGUCGAAAAAACGAGAGAUCAUAAUCAUGAGACAUGUUAAUCGUUCGGCAGCAAGAAAUGUUAAUCAAUCAUAUUUUUGGUAACAUGUCAUGAAAAUAUUGGUUGAACGUUUGGUCGAGCGAUCGGUUUGGUGAACUCUAGUGAAUAUAUUUAUCUCCAGAGGCUCGAUGAACGAGAAAAACAUCGGAAAAUCACGGCCGGAAAAGCGAGAAUCGGCGGCGAAUGGGAGCUCGUCAAUACCCAAGGUCUCAAAAUCUUCGAAAAUUCCAAAAAUUCCCAAAAAAUUCCAGGAAAAUUGGAAGGUUCUGAACAAUUACGAGGCAACUGGCUGUUGAUGUACUUCGGCUUCACGAAUUGUCCCGAUAUUUGUCCGGAUGAGAUUGAAAAGAUGAUCAAGGUGAAUAUAGUUUUCUCAGUUUUUGAAUGUCGAUGACGUCAUUUGAAAAUGGUCUCUGAUUGGUUUAUUGGGCCGUUUGGGGCGGAGCUUGAGCGAAGACUUGAAAUUCGAAAUUUGAAUGGAGGACAUUUUUUUUUAGAAAAAUUCAUGUGUUCUAAUUAUCUUGAAAUUGUCUUAUUACAUUUCUUUUCCUCAGUUUUUCAGGUUAAACAUUGUAUUUUUUUUAUUUUUGCUUUUUCUGAUCAGAUAGAUAAUUUCAAGGAAUUUUUUUAAUUUUUUUUUAAACCAAUCUGCAGCUUUCUCCGUUCUUAUUAGCGAUUUUUGAAAAUUUCUCUUUUUUUCCGAAAAAUCUUCUCAGUACUGUGACUUCAUUUUCUGACAAAGAUCUCUGAUCCUUCACAUUUCAAAAAAAAAAGCUUCUUCUCUGUUUUUGAACAUUUCUUUGUAUAGACAUUGAACUUCCAGUUAAUUUUUUCAGGUGAUCGAUCUCCUCGACGCCGACAAGAAUGAAAAUAUUCCGGUCGUCCCAGUUUUCAUCAGUGUCGAUCCGGCGAGAGACACCGUCGCCCGGGUCAAAGAAUACUGCUCCGAAUUCUCACCGAAAUUGAAGGGUUUCACGGGUUCUGUUGAUCAGGUGAAUAGAUGAACUCUUAAAAAAUUUUUAUUUUCUGAAAAUUGGUCAGAAUCCCCCUUGAAGUACCGAGUUGGGGACCUGAAAGUUUCAACCUGCUCAACCUCCUAGUUUUUGAGAAAUAGGGGCUCCAAAAUGGCUUAUUUUACCAGGUUCUGACGAUUUUCUUUGACCUUCUGCGAAAAAUUAUAGAGGUCCCUUAAGAGGAUUACUUGGAGAGGACACUAAAGUGGCCACUAAAACUACCUCUCCUUAGAAGCCCUUAUUCCGCGUCUUAGUGGUCACUUUAGUAGUUUCAGUGUUUCAGUGGUCUAGUAGUACCGCUUAGACUUCUAAACUUCAGCCACUUAGGUGGCCACUAAAUGAACUACUACAGGGGCCACUGAAACUUCAAAAUCCUUAAGUGACCACUAAACAUUUUCUCUGUUGAUAAUUUUUUCCGUUGAAACUAAUUUCAGGGGUCUAGUAUUACCACAGACUUCCAAAAAGGCUGCUGAAUUCUAGCCACUUGAGAGGCCACUAAUUUGACUAUUAUAGUGGUCACUUUAACUUCAAACCCCUUAAGUGACCACUAAGCAUUUCCCCAUUUUAAUACUUUUUUUUUCGUUGAAACUAAUUUUAGUACCACAUCAAACGUUAAACCCCUUAAGUGGCCACUGACCAUUUUUCCACUCGAGAUCUUUUUUUCAAAACUAGGAGUUGGAGACCUUCAGGCACCCCAAUUUCUGACCAAUUUUCAGGGCCUCAAAAAAAAAUGCCUUGGCUUGAAAGAGCGAAAAAUAAAUGACAGAAUUGAAGGUGAACAAGGUGGCGAAGACGUUCCGCGUCUACCACAGCCAAGGGCCCAAAACUGAAAAUAAUCCCGACGAUUAUAUUGUUGAUCAUACGGUUAUUAUGUAUCUUAUUGGUGAGUUUUUGGUUUUUUUUCAAUAUUUAUAUCUUUACUUUGUUUUUCAGUUGAUAUUUUGUCGAUUUUCAGUUUUUAGAAGGUUCUAGAGCAGUUUUUGAUCGAUCUUCAUUAGAAAUAUUCUAAGAAAUUGAAGACUUGCCACAAAAAUGGCCAAUUUUCAUGUUUUUGCUUACCUUUCCGACAUCUUACGAACUCCAGAGUGAUCCCUAUAGGGCAACUUGAGGGCCCCUUUAAGGUUCCACUCUAGGGACCACUUUACUUCCUCCUGUAGGGACCAUUCAAGCUUUAGAGCCUUAGGCAUCAGAUUCCAAAACCUUAUAGGGACCACCUAAACUUUACCCCUAUAGUGAGCGCUUUUUUGUCACCUUUGUCAAGGACUGUUUCUUUUUCUCACACCUAUAGGGACCACUCUGCCCUCCCUAAGACAGUUUGUCAAAUUUUUUUAGAUCAAUAAUUUAUUCGAAUAUACAAAAGAAUACUGAAAAUGAACUGAAAAUCUUCGAAAAAAACCCUAAUUUCUACUCAUUUUUUUGACGAUUUUUUUUCAGACCCUGAAGGCAAUUUCCACGAUUAUUACGGGCAGAAUCGAAAAGCGGAAGAAAUUGCGAAUAUUAUCAAAAUGAAGGUUUGAAAAACACUUUCUCAAAAAAACGAAAUUUUAUUUUUUUCCAGGUGCUAAAGUUCGAGGCGCAGAACCGGAAAAGGAUUGCUCAAUAUUUUCUAAAUUAA